CCAAGAGUUGAUAUACUGAAUAAACUCAACAUUAGAAAGACUCAUGUUGGGGGAGGAACGAUAGAAGUUCCUGCUGUUUGCAACAUUUUUCAUUGUCAGCCCAGCCCAACAUUUCGCCGUCUCGGACAAAUCCCUGGCCUCUCAUACAGACGUUGAGCCAGGAUUCCAUUUUGUGGCAGAACCCGCCCCCACCUUUUCCCUGAAAAACUAUCAUCAAAGCAUGGUGACUCCACUGAGAGCGCAGGACUUUAUUUCUUCCCGACUUCCAGACCUUCUUACGGGUUCGUCCCAGACGACCUCUCUCUCCACUCAUGACUUAGAAUUCAAGGCCACAUUGGUGCACUGGACGGCCUUCGAAAAUGAAGUCCGAAGCACGUUUCGUUCAACACCAUGGAGCGCGGAAAUUUUAGGUUAUGCAGCACAAAACCGGCAGAGCAGCCUUGAUCGCGAGCAAAUCAUAUGCGGAGACGAAAGCAGUAUUGUGGGUCGAUUCAAUCAACAUGUCGGCCAGGUGAUGGGCUCCGUCUUCCGGACCUUGGAUAUCAGCCUUUGGUUUGGCGAUUACAGGGCUAGCCCAGACGUCAGUAUGGGCGGCGAUACUCCAGAUAUCGUCGUGAUGGAUGGCGACGGGCUCCUCAAGCUCGUCGGCGAAGCAAAAACUCCCUGGAGGCACAAUAUUGCUAGUACUAUGCUUCAACCGCAAGAAAGACUCAGGCGAUAUCUUGGCCAGAUAUCCCGGUACAUGUAUAUCGCAAAAAUAAAAUUCGGCUUUCUCACCACCUACAAUCAAACAAUAUUUUUCAAGCAGGAGCCGGAUCCGAGAAAAAGAGGCCGAUGGGUGCUCUGGCACUCAAAUACAAUUUGGCAUCACACCCCUUCGCAACAGAUCGGUGACCCCGUGCCAGGAGACUACCGGGAGAAGGUCUCGGUCCGCGAAUGCUUUUUGUUCCUCGCAAAGAAGAUUGCAUCUGGUGACUUUUCUGCGCUGAAACACCAUGCCGCUCUCCGAUUGGGCUGGCCGGCCGGGCGAUCGAAUCUAUGAUGACGACGACUGGAUUUCUCCGUCGGACGAUUCAGACAGUCAGAAAGACGCGGAUUAAAGAAGGAAAGAGACGGGCAAUUCCAAAAUAUCAGACGAUUGAUCGAGCCAUGAAUAGUGAUACUGUUCCUGCACAUUCUGGCUGAAUUUCAUUUUCGAAUACAUAAAUUGGUAUCUGUUUGUUGCAACCUUUUUUUAGCCUUCUUUGAAUUCCUUUUUUUCGUACUGCAUUUUUAGAGCACCUGUAGCGCAGAGUGGGCUUUGCUUAAAUACUGUUUGAAUUUUUAUAAUAACGCAUGCUUGCUAAUAGUCCGCCGUCCUCAAUUUUCGGUUCAUAUUCA